AAAUUGCUGUGUGCUGUUUAAUGUUAUUAGUUAAAACACUUCCCAAAUACAAAACGUACAUUUUCAGAUAAAUAUAUAUAGUUAAAAGAAGUAAUCUUUCGGUUAUAAAAAUGAAGUUGGUUUUAUCCAUGCUUCUCAUUGGCCUGGCGGCAUUGAUCCAAAUGCCUUGUGGCCAGUCUAGAAGUCUGGCCAGCAGCUCAAUCGUGGUGGAUGGCACUGCCGUCAACAGCAAUGCAACUAAUCCAAAUACGACCUCAGUGGCUGUAAGGCAGAGCAAUGAGACAGAACUGACGACCGUAGCGCAGCCCGUGACCAGUGUCGUUGUAACAAAUAUUCGCAGGAAACGCGAGGAGACGGAGCCCACGAUGCCCUACGACUUGCAUACAAUGCACUUGCCAUGUGAUUUUGAUCAGAACGGCAGAGCGCAGGUUAUCGACUCGUUUCCCAAUCAUUGCGUUUGGGUGUGGAAUAACAAGUACGUGCACGAGGGCUUCUUUCGGGUGUUCAAGACCUAUCAGCUGGAGGCCUUCUUCUUUGGUCAGUACUAUGAGCGCUUGAAGCGUUUCGAGAUCGAUCCACACACCUGGGAUUACACCAACACUGGAGUCUAGAAAGUAUCAAUGUGAGCAAAACAUCAAAACACACAACUGACUGUGCUCUUCUGUGGAUAAUUAUUGAAUAAGAAAGAACAAGCGCGUUCUCUUUUCAUUGGAUAGAGCUGAACAGCAAAGGACUACUCUCAAUGUGGAAUGUAUACAGAAGUAUCGGAAGUACGUAUAUGGGAGUAUCAGUAAUGUCAUCAAAUGAAAGUGUCAAUGAAGAGGGUUGGGCAGCAGAGGACUACCCUAAAUGUGGAAUGUAUCACAAGAAAAGUCAAUAGAGAAUGAGAGUAUAUAGGAGUCAUCCAAUGAAGAAAGUGUGAAUACAGAGAGAGGACUGCCCUUCAUAGGAAAUGUGUUUGGGAGUGUCACUAUUGUUAUCUCAAAAAGGAAGAGAGCUGAAGAGCACAGGACUGUCCUCAAUGUACAGUGUGUAUGGUAGUAUCACUAAUGCCAUCAGAAGAAGAAAGUGUCAAUGAGAGAGCUGGGCAGCAGACGACUGCCCUUCAUGUACGGAGUGUGUGGGAGUAUCACCUGUCGUCAGAAGAAAAUAAAAAGAAAAUUCCAAGUGAUAAAAAUAUUUAAAACUGAAUCCAAAAAAGUAGGCGUAACAAUUUCGAUGAAAUGUAUAUACAAAUGUUUGCAUGAAUAUGGCAUAUUUAAAAGUUCAUUGUAGACGAACACGCAGUUCAUUUUUCAGUUUUUUAGUGUUUUCACAUUUUUCACAUUUUCGAUAUUUUUACUUCUGCCGGAUGUUACACUUAAUUUUGUACACGACAUUUUUCUGACACAUUUGACGUUUCAGAGGUGGUAUUUUGAAUCCUGGCUGAGAUGGCCAAGUUUAUGCGCAUUUAUGGUUUUUCUAGAUUUUUUAAGCCUGGAUUCGCGUGAUCAUCCGACAAGGGGAAGAAGAGAACAGCAGCUACAUCAGCCCGGAUCGGUUGCACCACGUCUUUGCAGCCAACGGCAGAGGAGCUCGAAUACUUCCAAUGCUUGGGCGAUGGGGGCUAAGCUAUGAUAAAUUUACGAAGGAACAAUUGGAAACAGAUCGUAGACGACUGGCAAGCCAGGAUCUUAAUAUAAAAUACAGAAUUUGAUCGUUUCAAGAUCGAGCAGAAUAGUUGAGCUAUUUAUAUAUAUGUACAGCAUGCAAGUUGCUAAAAUCAAAUUAUUUGUAUACAAAAUUUAAAAAUUCGUGUUACCGUAAAGAACUAAGAUUAAAUAA